AUGGCACUGUCGACGGUAAAAUCAAUCGAAACGGCACUUGACCUCAUCGACUCAAAGAAAGAGAACCUGAAGAAAGCGUUUGAGGAUUUACAGUCGCAUUCUACUGCUUUAUCCUCCUUUACUUUCACAUGGUCAGACCUCGACUCGUAUUUUUCUUCAAUUCAAUCGGACUUGCUGGAAAAAUUUUCGACUCUCCAAUCGCUCGAAUCGUCGCAGACCCAGACCCAGACCCAGAAAUUUAAACGCAAGAAACUGAAAGAUUCGGUCACCGGGGAUCCGAUUCCGGCCCGAUCUGAAUUGAAGUUAUUUUGCGAGCAGAUGGAUGGGAUGAGGUUGAGGAAGUACAUAAUUGAGCGGCACAGAGAACAGACCGCGAUCCGGGUUGAGCUGCUGGACGCGUGGAAGAGUGCGGCGGACCCGGGUGCGAUGAUUUUGGAUGCCCUGGAGGGGUUUUGUGAUGGAGGAUCAGUUUCGUCGUCGGACCUGGGUGGUUUGAGGAGGGCGUGUGUGGUAUUGUUGGAGGAAUUGAUGAAAGCCAGAGUAGAGAUUGGGCCGGAGGUUAGGGAGCGGGCGAGGGCCAUGGCGGCAGACUGGAAGGCGAAAAUAGAGGCUAACGGUGGUGGUGGGGAUGAGCGGGACGAGGAGGAAAAGGGUUUGGUGAAGUUGGGCUAUUUGCAGCUCUUGGCUACUUACGGGUUGGUGAGUGCUGGUGGGUAUGAUGUGAAUGGGCUCAUUGAUUAUGCUGUUGUGAUUGCAAGGUGUCGACAAGCUGUUGACUUGUGUCGAGCUCUUGGACUUGGCAAUAGGAUUUCUGAUGUUAUUCAGAAACUCAUCAGCAAGGGCAAACAACUUCUGGCUCUCAAAUUCAUUUUUGAAUUUGAGCUGACUGAUGAGUUUCCCCCAGUGCCAUUAUUAAAAGCCUAUGUGAUAGAUAUGGAGGAAGAUGUUCAAAAAAUUCGCAAGAGUGGCAAAAGAUCUCGUCAGUCUUUGAAUGAGGCUGUGAUGAAAGAAAUCAGUGCAUUGAAGUCAGUGAUUAAAUGCAUUGAUGAUCAUGGUCUAGAGUCUCAGUAUCCGAAACAUAUCCUUGUAACUCGUAUUGAGAAGCUGGAGAAGGAAAAGGUUGACAAGAAACACCCUGCAACAGGCCCUGUACCCAAACCUCAGCAGCAGGCAAAAAACCAGAAGCAGAGGGGAAACAAGCGAAUGAAGGCAGUUGCUCUUCCAUCAGUAACCAAAAAGAAAAAUCGAUCUAAUCCAGUUGUUCUCCCAUCACAACCAUCCCACGUGCAGACGGCAGGUUUGUUGCCAGAUCAUGCUGCUCUGCACCACAGUUCUCCUGCUGGAGUCUAUAGCAGGGCAGUACCCCACGUAGCUGCCGACAUGUAUGCUGGCUCAUCCGCUGGCGUGCAUGGGUUCACGGGAGCCCAUAUGGGCUUUUCUGGGAACCUUAAUCAAACUGCAGCCACUGCUUAUCCAUCAGAACAACAAGGGCAACCUAGUUACUAUGGCGCUGCAAUUGGUUAUGGUGGAUAUGGCAUGCCAGUACCACCUCAGUACCAUCCAGGUUACUAUCCACAGUAG